AUGACGGCCACGGGAAAAAUCGCAAAUAACGGGUUGCGGCUGUCCCAGCACCAUAGAAAUGUGGGUUAUGUGGCCAAAAGAGCAAAAAUUUGUAUACGAGAAAGGAGGCGUUGCUACAGAAUGGAUUUAUUCCCCGAAUUUUUCAAGGAUAAUAAUCGAGUUGGUGCAAAUACUAACGAGUUCGAGAAUACGAGUUCUGGCGUGUAUACUGACUCAAUUCUAGAUCUGUCUUUUAAAAAAACAAUGAUCUCGAAUGAAACAUCAGAUUCACAUAGUUCACUCGCGACAAUAAAAACAAACAGUUGCGACAGCCAAUUGUCAGAAUUCGAAAAUAAAAGUGCCGACGAGGUUCGAAACUUCAUGGUAACACCACCUUCUGAAUCGGACUCUCCAAAGAAGAUUAAAUCCGAGUUAAUUCAUAGUCAUCCGAACACGUCAGCAAAUAUCACAGGACAAAACGAAGAUUUACCUGAAGUCUUGCCACUGAAUAUUUCUAUUCCAGUUCCUAUUCCCAGCAUACUGCCAACACUGUUGAAUGCAAAUGAUGUCACAAUGGCCAACAGUCCUAUCUUAUCGAUGAAAAAUUGUAAUGAAAUCGCAUUACCUAAUUUAUCUGGAGAUGCCAAUAAAAAGCCAUCGAGGCCUUUUAAAGCUUAUCCAAAGGAUCCGCUAUCACUCACUGUCGGAACAGCUGAAUUGAUGUAUGAUCAAAAUUCCAAAGAAGCCUAUUCGCAAUUUCGGAUGCGAAUGCUGGAAUCGGUGAAAAAAUCGUACGAAGGGACGAAUACGAAAAUGCGGAGAACCACAAAAAGUCCUGUACUGCCAACGAGUACUGUUGAUGAAAAGAAUGCAGCGUACUUGGAAAAAAGGAGGAAAAAUAACGAAGCCGCGAAACGCUCGAGGGAUGCGCGAAGAGCCAAAGAAGACGAAAUUGCUAUCAGAGCAGCUUUUCUGGAACAGGAAAAUAUAAGAUUAAAGUACGAAGUUCUGGCACUUCGAAAGGAAAUAGCGAGACUUAGAUGUGUUUAGAUUAAUUGAUUUUGAAAUGCACUACAACAGUAAUCAUCGAUAUGUCUGUGGAGAAUGUAAAAAGUCUCUACCAAAUCCUAGGUUUUUAGAUAUUCAUAUUCAAGAAACUCAUGACAGCUUUUUCCAAAUUUUAUCUAUGAAACAACCAAUGUAUCAAUGUUACAUGUCGGAAUGUGAUUUGAAAUUCAUUAAUUCAACUGAGAGGAAGGAUCAUUGCAUUAAUGUACAUAAAUUUCCUAAGAAUUUUAGAUUUGACAAUACCGUACAGUACAUAAAACAUAAGUCAAAAGAUAAAAUGGAUAUUGAUGAACCAGAACCAAAGAAAAAGGAAUCCAAGAGAAUACAAUUGAAUAAAAAUCAAAAAUGUAAAAUGUUUACUGCUGUGGCAAAGACUGCAACAUUACCAAAUGCUACGAUUCAUGAAGAUACAUUAAAUCCUAGGACAGGAACAACUUCGUUACAUUUUAUUCCUAGACAAAUACAAAACUCGUAUACAAAAGCACUUACUAAAAAUCAAUUCAAUGAGAAAAAUGUAUUGGAAACAGGAUGUAUGAUGGAUUUGUCUGAUACAUUAUCAGAAUGUAUGUCUGACAAUAAAAGCAUUUCAUGAUAAAUAUAUUUUCA